CAAAGUUGUUGCAAUCUGGCAUCAUAUUUCCGCUUUUGGCAUUUUUUUUUAUUGCAGGGCUUCUCGUUUUUCUUCGUAAAUUUUUCUUGCUGCAAUUUUUCGCUCUUAUUCAUUUAGUUUUUUUUCGUCUGCUUUCACACUCUUCUAUUAGGAGAGAGUAUUUUUGCGUAAAGGAUUUUCAACGAUUAAAAAAAUGGAAAGGAUUGCGAAAUUGUUUUAAAUUAACAUAAUUUUGGGAAAAGAAAAAAUACAUUUUUAUUUUUUGUUUAUUCUUAAAUUGCUUCAAAUAGAAAUGUGAAAGAAACACUCAGCAUCAUAAAUUGAAUCGGGCGAAAAGUCUGCCUAGUCCAAAACAGUGCGAUAAAAAUAUUUGUAAGAAAUAUUUUAUAAAGAACAAAUGAAACAAAAAAGCAAUAUCAAUAAAUAAUAAUUCUAUAAAGCCAUCGGAUAACUGCGUAUACAAUAUUACAUCAAGUUGGAUUUGCAAAAAUAACUAAAUUUCUAAAAAAAAAGCUAUAUAACCAAACCGUUAAGUGCUGCUAAAAAUUAAGUUAUUGCCACGUCUGCAACAAUAACUUGUUGCAAAAAUACACAAAAUUGCAACGGCUAAUAUUUAAUUAUAAGUUAAAACCGCAAUAUAUUCGAAAAAACGUUAGUAUAAAAACAAAUCCCGAUGGGCACUAAUUCAGGAGCAACAACCGGCAUAAAUAAUAAACCCGUCGGUGCGGGUGGUGCAAGCGGUAGUAGCGUUGUUGGUGGCGUUGGCGGCAGUGGCGGGGUUGGCGGUGUUGGAGGUGUCGGAAACAACAGUUUGAGCGGUGCAGUCGGUGUUGGCGGUAUAGCCGGUGGUAAUGUUAAUAGUGCGCCAGGCACAGGAGGUAUUGGUACCGGUAGCAAUGGUAGUGAAGAUAGUGGAAAUGGCGGAGGUGGCGGGUCUACUGGCCAAAACAAUCAACAAACUACUCCACAGUACACCAUACCAGGUAUACUACACUUUAUACAGCACGAAUGGUCCCGUUUCGAAUUGGAACGCUCUCAAUGGGAUGUGGAUAGAGCUGAAUUACAGGCUCGCAUAGCAAUGCUAUUGGGCGAAAGAAAAUGUCUGGAAAGCCUCAAAUCAGAUCUAACACGCCGUAUUAAGAUGUUAGAGUACGCUUUGCGACAAGAGCGCGCCAAAUUCUAUCGACUCAAAUACGGCACUGAUCCGCCUCAAUUGAACGAAUUGAAGCCACCAACCGAUGAUGCCGGCUUGGGCAGUGAAGUAGCACCCGAUUCGGAGGUACCAUAUAGUUCAGUAUCGAAUACAACUUGGCGGCAGGGUAGACAAAUGCUACGACAGUAUUUGGCCGAAAUCGGUUAUACAGAUAAUAUAAUCGAUGUACGUUCGAAUCGUGUGCGCUCAAUACUUGGUCUCAAUAAUAACUCCGAACAGGAGGAGAAUGUCAGUCCCAAUAUAAAUGGCAAUGAGAAUAAUAAGCGUACUGCGGAGUCGGAGGGUCGUCGCACACCAGCUAAAAAAGCACAACAAAAUGAUGCCAUAAUUUUGGAUACUGAGGCCGCGGUAAUGGCUAAUUUCGAAUUUCUUGGUACUACUGAAAUGUCCGAUGACGAUGAGAUUUCUGAUGAUCUCGAAAUGGUCUCUGGCGAAAAUGAUGAUACCGAUAUGAAAACAACAAAACGUAACAAAAGUAGCAAGGAUUUGAUAAGCGAAGAUCUUGAUGCCGAGGUUGGGGAGCAGCUUCUGAAUGAUAUAAAUCUAAUAACCGAAGGAUACUCAUCAUCGAAUACGACGGAACAAUUGAACAACACUGCUAACAAUGCAGCUGCCUCAGCCGCGGCUCGGCGCAAUCUCAUUACCGCCGUCACAGCCGGUGGCGAUGAGGAGGUUGACGCCUCGCUCGGCCUUGGCGAGCUCGCACAAUUGACGGUGAACAACGAGGCGGAGAGUUCGUACGAUGCGAACGCUAAAGAUGGUGUUAGCAGCGGUGGUGGUAGCUACCGUAAAACCUGGAACGCCAAAUAUACGCUGCGUUCCCAUUUCGAUGGUGUACGUUCAUUGAUUUUCCACCCGGAAGAGCCGGUGCUGAUCACUGCUUCGGAGGAUCACACACUGAAAUUGUGGAACCUACAGAAAACGGUCCAAGCCAAAAAGUCAGCUAGUCUCGAUGUAGAGCCACUAUACACGUUCCGUGCACAUACCGGACCCGUACUGUGUCUCGGCAUGUCCACCACCGGUGACGUUUGCUAUUCGGGCGGUUUGGAUGGUAAUAUUGAAUGCUGGCAACUACCAUCGCCAAACAUCGAUCCAUAUGAUUGUUACGAUCCGAGCGUACACUCAGGCACAUUGGAGGGUCACACAGACGCUGUGUGGGGACUGACCACGAUGCAUAGCAAUAUUGUAUCAUGCUCAGCUGAUGGCACCGUGAAACUCUGGUCGCCGUACACCAAGGAGCCGCUUUUGCGCACCUAUACCGCUUCCGAGGCUGAAGGUACACCAUCAUCGGUGGAUUUCGUGCGCAAUGAAGUGGAUCACAUUGUGGUGGCGUACAAUAGCGCUCAUUGUAUUGUGUACGAUACGGAAACCGGCAAGCAGGUGGUCAAAUUGGAGGCUACUCAGGAGAUGUCUGGCAAUACGGGGAAAUUCAUUAAUAAAGUGGUAUCGCAUCCGACGCUGCCUAUAACAAUCACUGCGCAUGAGGAUCGGCAUAUACGCUUCUGGGACAACGUUUCGGGUACGUUGAUACACUCGAUGGUGGCACAUUUGGAACCAGUCACGUCGCUCGCUGUGGACGCGCAUGGACUGUAUUUGCUGUCGGGCUCGCACGAUUGCUCGAUACGACUUUGGAAUUUAGACAAUAAGACGUGCGUGCAAGAGAUCACAGCGCAUCGUAAGAAAUUCGAUGAGAGUAUAUUCGAUGUGGCGUUCCAUGCUACUAAGCCAUACAUCGCUAGCGCCGGGGCGGAUGGCUUAGCCAAAGUGUUCGUUUAAGUAUAUGAAUAAUUUGGACUAACCAAAAUCAUCAGCAACAACAACCACAACCACCACCACCACCACCAUCAUCAAACAACAACAACAACCGGCUAAAUAAUAAAGAUACAAAUGUGCGUCAUGAAAAAGUGUUGGUGUGAAGUGAGCAGUGAGUUGAGAAAAAUGAUUUUAAAAUGACCAUGCGACAUUGAUGAAAGCGACGGGGAAGCGGAGUAGAAGAAUAAUUUAGUAGAACACGACACGACGCUGCUGUUGGGAGUGCAAGUGGAAGAGGAGCAGCAAGAUGUCGAAUAGCAAGCAAGCAAGCAGUUGAACGAUUGAAGAAUUGUAGUGCAAGUAGAGCUGUAGUUGGUUAAAAUUAACAAAACAGAAGUAACAAAAAAAAAAAACAAAAACAAAACAAAACCUAAAUAUAUAUAUAUAUAUACAUAUAUGAUACAUUUAUUAUUAUAAAAACAUAUGGAUAAGAAGCAUUUCUACUACAUACAUACAACAACAAAAAUGAAAAUUGCUAUAUAUAUAUGCAUAAUAAAUAAAUAAAUAAAUAAUAAAAACUUUUCUAAAAAAAAUAAACAAAAACAAAAACUACAAAAUGCAAGAAAUUAACAUUAAAUUAAAGAGCAUUCAUAAUGACAUGAGUGUGGCCCAUGUCUUAGUAAUUAGUGCUAGGAGAGGAUUUGCGUUUGCGCAGCGAAAAUCGAAUGAUAUACUCAACACAUGAUUGUAUUAAGUAUAUGAAUAAAUAUUAAAUAUAUAUAGAGUUUACAAAUACAAUUGUUUGAUUUAUUGCUCACUCUCUCUCUAGCGCUUACGCGCGCUUAUGCGGAGUGUUCUCAUUUUUCAGAUUUUCGCACUGUUUUCUUAGUAACAAAUAAUAAUAAUCUCUAAAUGCGUUUUCGAAUAAAAAACAAGGAAUAAUCUCUUUCAAUUUUGAACAUUCAUUUACUAAAAUUGUAUUCCGCAGUUCCAAGGAUAACGUAAAUCUUGACAGCCAAGGAUUUGGUGAAUAUAAAUAAUUGUUUAUUCGGUGCUAUUUAUAGCAAUUUUAAAUUCGUUCGUUGCAUAAAAAUAAUGUAUUUUGCACUAAACUUUUUUUUAAUCUCUAUAAUAUAGGUAUAUUAUACCAUUAUUUUCAAUUUAUCGUUGAAUUUUCCAAACAAAGUGUUCUGAUUUCUUUGAAAAUUGUUUCGGUUUCAUAUUUUGAAAUAUUCGUGUAUUGCAAAUAUUUUUAAGGUUUAAUAAAAAUUUAUACUGGCUUUCAUUUACACUAAAUGCGCAUAAAUAUUUUUUGAAUACACUAUAUUUAUUGCCCAUCACGCGGUUGAGUAUAUCAUACGAUUUUCACCUCAAUUAGCUUAAAACAAUAAAAAAAACAUAUAAAUAUGACUUCAUGUGGUUUAGAAAUAUAUAAGAAUAUAUAGCGAGUGCUUGGAAAAUUCCAUAAAACGAGUAUACAAAAUUACAUGCUCAUUCUCAUUUGCUUUACUGAUUUCCGCGAACUCCCGUCCUAUUCCUCAUAAUACUCGUGCCCCAAAAUAUAAUAAAAGCAUUAUAUUUCAACUAUUAUCAGCAAAUCCAAACACUAAACAAAUAAUUAAAAUUAAAAUAAAUAAAAUAUUUAAAAAUUGUACUACUACAAAAAACGGGCAGCGGAAUAGAGCAUUCGAGUUAAAUUUAAGUGUGGUAAUAGUGGCAUUUAUAAAAGCGUGUACAUUUUAUAAGCAUACAAUAAUCUUGAACAUUUUCAAUAAUUUAACUUGUAUAACGGAUUUUCUUGUUUUUUUUUCUUCGCUGACAACAUUAACUGUGUAAAAAAUUAGGCAUUGCAUAACAAAGUAGCAAAAAAUUAGUAAACACAAUCCUUUACAAUCAGCAAUGCAAUGAGCCUAAACUCGUCGAAUGCAUACUCGCAGUUGUAAAUAUUCAUACUAAAUUUUCAAACAUAAUAUUUAUUAAGCGCUAUGUUUUGGCUUCCAAAAAAUAGUACUUUUGAACUAAAUUAAACAAAUAUGAAUUAAUUAUAAAAUAAUGAACUUUUUUAUUUGUCAUAAUUUACGAUUUAAUUAAAUUUAUUUAAAAAGAAGUUAUUUAAGAUUUUCAAACCCAUGCCAACCUUUUUGAACCAAUUCGAUUUCCUUGAAAUUCGCUCGAAAUGCAAAAGCUACAUGUUAUAAAACUUCCACAUGCAUUAUUUUCGCCAGUAGCGCUCACUCCUUUGUAAAGCUCAUAAUUAAUAAUAAUAAUAAAAGAUAGAAACAGUAAUAAAUGCAUACGAAGGGGAAUAAAAUUAAAAGUAAUAACUUUUGCACAAAUUUAAACGUAUUAAAAAUAAGCUUUGAACAAAACAACUCUUUGAACACACAUGCAUACAAUAAUUAAAAAUAAUUAAAUAUGUUUCCAAAAUGUUUAAUGAAACGACAGAUGUGUAUGCCAAACAACUCAAUAAUAUUAAGAGAGCGCGAACAAAGCAAAUAUUUGUAUAUAACAAACAAAAAAAAAAAACAAAAAAAUAUUGUUGUAAACUAAAAUAUUGGCGAAGCGCAUAAAAAUAUGAAAUUUUCUUUUAUUUUAGUUAAAACAAAGCAUUCUUACAGUUAAUUUACAAACACUCUACCCUACAGAAUCGUCGUUCAUUUAUUUUGACACCAGCUCUUCUUUUCAAUAUAAACAAUUUUUAUAAAAGAUUCCAAUAGAAACGCUGGCGUUUCAACAGGAGUUUAAUCCGCAAGUUUAUCUAGUAUAUUUAACUCGAAAUACAUUUUUUUCAACGCAUUUUUAUCGUAUUAGCAAGCGUUAUACAACAAUACAAAUGCACGCACGACGCACGUAUAAUCUGAAAAUACAGCUGCUGACAUACCAUGAAUAUAUAGUACAUAUAUCGAAUGUUAAAUGUGUCGUUGCUAAAGUCUGGGGUACACAAUUAGAUGAAUGGAAAUUUGGUACAUGAAAUUUGCUAUUUUUUGUUUCUAUUAAAAUCUAUGAUUUUCUAAAAACAUAUACGCUUAAUUAAGCGAAUUUUUUUUUUGAAUCUGUUCAUGAUGAUUGAGUUUAAUGUUCAAAACUUGCUUGUAGUGAGGUGAUGAAUAGAAGGAGCAUAACACAUUUUUGUGGAACCAUGUAUUAUACUUGUCGUUCUCAACUCAUACUAUUCCUUGAUGAUGUACAUACAUAUAUUUGAAAAUAGUUUUAUUUAUUAUUUUCUAAUUUAAAUUUUUUAUUUAUUUUUAUAAUUUUUUUUUUGUUUAAAAUUUUGUUUAAUUUUUUAAUUUAAUUUUUUAUUAUUUUUUUAAAUUUAAUUUUUUAUUUUUAUUUUAUAUUUUUUUAAUAUUUUUUUUUUAUAUAUUUUUUUAUUUAAUUUUUUAUUUCCUUUACUUUUCUUAUUAUAUAUAUAUUUUUUUGUUAACCAAAAGAGCUUUGCCGAUAUGGUGGGUGGGUAUACAUUGGAAAAUAGAGGCAAUUAAAUACAUAAGCAUACCAGAAUACAGUAGCGGUCGAAAUAAUAGCAUUACUACUAAAAAAAAAACACAAAUGUGACAUACAGUUUUGUUUUUGUUUGCUCUCAUUUGAAGGGCGCAGCGACAUUGAUAUCCCUCAUUUUGAUAACACAAAAAUAGUUGUGUAUGCAGUUUUUGAAAUAAAAAAUAUAUGUAUGCUUAAUUUUCAGCAACUGAUGUUAUAUAUAUUUUAUGCAAUACAUGAUUUCCAAAAAUUAGGCACAACAAGUUUCGACCGUCUCUGCCUUAUAGUUAUGAGCAAUUUACAAAUAAAACAAACAGACAACCUAAACUGGAAUUUUAUUUGCCGUUUACUCGAUACGAC